AUGCAAUCUUAUAUUCCCAUAGAAAUGGACGUAGAGGAGACCCAAACCACCUCCAACACCGUAAGGUCCGAAAUCACUGCACCCAAAGCGUCGGCUGCACCCGUUGCCGCUCCAAGGGCCAAUGUUAUGCGCCCCCCGCCAUCCGCCGCAGUAGUCAGAGAAAUAGGAGAAGAGCAGCUAGUAGAGCCACAGGGACCUCCAUGUUGCAGCCUGUGCCAUCGCCCGCACGCUCUAAAACGAUGCACCAUCUUCCAAAGCAUGAAGCCCGCUCAACGUCAACAGGUUGCAAGGGCUCACGGACAUUGCAUGACCUGCCUGGCAGAUGACCACGCCACCAUAGAGUGCUGGGCUGACGGUGCCUGUCAAUAUUGCCACAGGCCGCACCACACUCUGUUCCAUCGAUUUCCCACACGAGCCAAUCACACCAAUUCCCGUACCAGACCACGCAGCGAUCCUAUCCGGCGACGACGACGCACCCAACCAACCACAAGACGUACGCGGCCAUCUCCGCCACGCCACGCUCAUCGCCAGCAACAACGACGCUCAACAGGGUUGAGCGCUGUACUCAGUACAUUACAACAGCUACAAAGGCUCCUAGCCGAUUAAUUCGCCUAGGGGGGCCGGGAUGUUCAUAUGAGCUAUGAGCAUUCUGCAACAUCACAUCACCACACAUCACGUCACGUCACAACACCUCAUCACACAACAUUUCACAGCAUACACCAAUACACACACACGCAUCAAACACAGUACUUAACACCGAUCAUUACUACAACACCACAACCACACGAUUAUCAACGAGACGACUCGUAAUCAGCAUCUAUUCACCACCCAAACCUUCAAAAGGGAUUGAUUCGACCGGGAUUGCCUCUUACCGUUUCAUCCGUAAAGAAAGACAGUCGUCCGCGAAAUUCAGUUUAUCAUCGUUUUAUCUUUGCACUUGUGCUACCGCAAUAAUCACCGCAAUUGGGUUUUAAUAAACCCCCAAGUGACGGGAGUGACGUGACGCAGCGAGUUCGCCAACCGUGUACCACCGUGGGUUUCGCAGAAAACCCAA